AUGUUUCCUAUAAUCCACUUGGAAGUGUUUGUUGGUCAGCGUCAUCAAUCUGGCAUAUGCAGAAUCUAUCGUAGCUACGGAUGGGCGUUUGAAGGCUUUGGAGCAGCGGUUUUUAUUUUGACGUUUUUGGCGUCGUUACGUGAUAUUGAAGCUUCUUAUAUGGUCAUAAGACAUAUUAAAAAUGUCAUUGUAGAUAUAAUUGGCAUUGUGUCUUGUGAGAGCGAAAGAUAUAAAGGAGUACUGUGUACAUCACUCUACAAUGAUGAACAGUGUAGAGUGAUCAACGGUCCCUCUCAUAUCUAUCGACAUGGGGAAUGCAGCGACAAAUAUUAUAUUGGUAAACAACCGCCUUUCACAAAGUACUAUUUUGAGGAUCUUCUUGGAGUCAGGGAGGAAACUGAUAUCAACAAAAGGAACAAAAGCCUCAAAGCUAGUGAAAAGGCAAUGGCCAUGAUAUUCGACACCGGGUACGUUGUUCGACCUCCUGCUUUAUCGUACUUGAUCGCCAGCCAGAUGUUGUAUGAAAAGAAUGAGAAGCCGAUAGCUCUUUCAAAAGCAUUACCAAUAAGCAUAUUUUUCCUACCAGUACUCUCAUAUUUGGUGAUGUCGUUUGGACUGAAAAUUCGAAACGACGCCACGCCAACUAUGGAUCCUACUGUUAGUGGAUGCGCUUCUCUCGUCUAG